AUUUUAGGUGUUUUUCGUAACUCAUGUAUUUUUUCUUGUUUAGGUAGUUGUAUAUAAUAAUUUAUGAUGUGUGUAAAAUAAUGUACAUAUUGUAUUGAACAAUUCAAGGAAAUGAGAUUCCCGCCGAGUCGGACGCGUCCAAGUUGCUAUUCCGAAUCCUAUAUCAUUUGUAAGUUCGAGCUUAACGCUAAGCUAGAAGAUUGUUUAUGUGCUGUCGUUCGGUCGCAUGAUGUCGUACUGGCGCAACAACAGGGAGCGCGUGAUGGGGCAGCAAGUGGUGUGGCUGCCGGAUCACUUGCUGCCCGACCCUCUGCGGAACACCUUGCGAGGUUACGGAGCCAUCGUACCGCAGGUGGUGGUCUGCGGAACUUUGACGAGACGGGCCUCCGAGCCGACUUGGAUGACGGCCAGCAACGCCAACAGCGAGCGUAUCGGUUCCGAGCUGCGGGCGCUCGUGCAAGCUCCGCCCGGGUACAAGUUCGUGGGCGCAGAUGUCGACUCGCAGGAGCUGUGGAUCGCGGCGCUGCUGGGCGACAGCGCGUCCGGCGUGUGCGGCGGCAGCGCGUUCGGCUGGGCCGUGCUCGCGGGCGACAAGCGCCGCGCCACCGACCUGCACGCGCUCACCGCGCGCGCCGCCGCCGUGCGCCGCGACCACGCCAAGGUCAUCAACUACGCGCGCAUCUACGGCGCCGGACAAAAUUUCGCCGAGCGCUUGCUGAAGCAGUUCAACCCGACGAUGACGAUAUCCGAGGCGAAGAGUAAGGCGGCCAAAAUGUUUUCCACCACGAAGGGGAGGCGAGUUUAUCGACUCAAGGAAAAGUUUUCGGAAGGUUUUAUCGAUGAGGAGCUGGGAGAUCGGCCAUUAGAAAUGUCGGCAAACCAAGCGAUGCGUCUCGCUAAGCUCAGCGGCAAAAAGGUUGACGAAAUGUUUGAGCGCCCUGUGUGGGUCGGCGGCACUGAAUCGCAAAUGUUCAAUAAACUAGAGGAAAUUGCAGUUAAGAACUAUAAUAUGUGA